AUGGUUCGUACCUUGUACAUGAGCCACCGCCACCCCUUGACCGUGGAGAUGUUCGAAACGAACGACUAUCUUCGUUUUGAUCUCGAACAUCCCCAACAGGCUGUGAUUGUACCGACAAAAUACAACAGCCGUAUUCGUAUGGAGAGAGAUGUCGAGGAAAUUGUUGCUAAAAUGAAAGAAAGCCGCGAGCGUUUCGGGGUCAUGGGGAGAGACAGGAUUCUUAACCACGGACAAGUCAGAUCCACCAUUGCUACCGCCACCUACAUCGUUGAGUCCAUGAACGUCAUCGUCAAACGGUAUUAUUUUGACAGGGAGGAGGGUCUUCGUGUGAAGAAGCAGCGUGAGUACGCUGCGAUACAGGAUGCUGGCAUAUCCAAGCCUUUCAAGCAUGCCGCAAUCGCCCUCCGGUACAAUAUGGACCUCCGAGAGAAGUGGUUCGCAUUCAAGGUGGCCCAACGUGGCCGCCAGAUGGAGGAUGGUCUCGAGAAACUCAAGCGCUACAGCGCUGAGGCCCUAUUCGUUUCUAAUGGAAACGAACCCCAUUGGGGACCAACCCUUGCCUAA